GUGUAGGCGGGGAGUCUGGUGGGAAAAUCCAUUGGGAUGGAUCUAGUAUUAGAUAGGCGGGAUUUAGAGGAUAAGGUGAGUCAGGAUUGCAAAAGACACCGAGCGGACCAUCGACUCGCCCUGCUAGGUUCAAUCGCGUGGACUGAUGAUUUAGAUAAGACGGACAACACAAGGCACAGACGGAGACAUGGGCGAGACUGGGAUUGUUACAAGAUCUGCUGAGUAUAUUGGCUCAUUUCCUGUGGAUGACAGUUGUCUGGAUGAUCAAAUCCACCAGCUGCACGCUCAGCUCAAAUCCCUCAAGGAUUGCAAGCGAAGACAAACAGUUUCAUUAAAAUUCUCAGUGAAAGGAGUCAAAGUUUAUGAUGAAGAUGAAACGAAGCUCCUCAUGGCUCAUGCCAUGAGUCGAGUCUCACUGUCUACCGCCCGUCCCUCUGAUGCCCAGUUUGCCUUCGUCUCUCAUAAUCCUGGUCAUUCUGACGUCCAGCUUUACUGCCAUCUCUUCAGAGCGAGACAUGCCCGAGCUGCCCAGUUCCUGAACCUGCUACUUUGCCGCUGUUUUCAACUAUAUUUUUUGGAGAAGCAUCCAGAAGAAGCUGAGAAAGAGCAUUCGGAGAAGAGACCUUCUCGAACUCCAUCGCUGCUAAACCAAGGCUUCCCUCUCAGCGUCAGCGCCUUGGUGUCUUUCCGCAGGGCCCCAACUCAAGGUCUGCUGUCCGGGGCAAAGGUCGUCUCGGAACCAAAUCCAGAACUUGUGAGCAGUCCAGAGGAGGGCCCUACCUCGUCUCCAACUAUAGUUCGCAAAAUGGCGAUCCGGACCAAAGCGAUACGAUCUGGAGCGUAUCGCUCAUUUACCUUUACUCCUCUCAAACAGCGCCACCUGCAGGAUAAGCUGAACGCUCCACAAGGUGGGAUAAGUGUUCAUAGAACACUUUCGAGAGUGAAAGAGUUCAUUAGAAAAAAAGAAAUUCAUACAGGUUUAAAACAACAUGAGAAAAAGGAUCAGGAAAGUGCAAAAGCAUGCAGCGUUCGGGCUCCCAGUUUGGCCGAGACCGAAGAAGCACUGGCUCAGGCAGUGUGGUGCUGGGCUGGCGUCUCUAGUGAUUGUAGCUCUGCGCUGCUGGUGGACGAUGUGCUCGGUGCCUUUCUUCUGUGUCCUCAUCCCACAAAGCCCAACCGUGGAUCUCUUAUAGUCCGCUUUCCCUCAGGCCUGGUGAAUCAUGCUAUUAAGCAUUCCAAGGGAAAAAUCCACCUUGAGUGCCAGGUUGAGUUUGAAAGUCUUGCUGCGUUGAUCACACACUACACAGAGGUCAGUGAUGAGCUGGAAUAUCAUCUGAGCUGUGCUCGGGUCAAUCACUGCUAUGAUUGGGAGGACACUGGAAACAAGAGUUUGCAUUUACCGCCAAAUGCCAAGAAAGGCCCAUUGAAAAGCCAGUGUCCAAAUUGGGUUUGAACCAGGUCUUCACCCCACUUUUUUUUUUUAAAUAUGGAUGUUUUAUAGACUUUUAUCAUUUUUAUAUAUAUAUCUAAGUCUUAAACCUCUGACAUUUAGUAAGCCAUCUUAACCUCGAUCUCUAGUCACUGAUCUAAAGUCACUAUUUUUCUGUUUUUUUAUACACUUGUGUUUCUCUUUGCAAUAACCUGAACUCACCUAAAGCACUUGCAUUUUAGGUAACAAGCACUAGUUGAGAUUAUGUAAUGUUUUUUAUGUUAAUGUCAGCAUUUAAAUGUAUACUCAUUGUUUUUGGCAAAAGGUACAGACUUGUUUUUGAAUGUAUUAUGUGGAAAUAAUCUGUAUGUGAAGCACUGUGCACCUCUAUUGGAAUGAAUAUAUUGGUCUUGUUCUUUUUUUUCUUUUUUUGGCUUUGUGUAUUACCACCAGUUUUAGAGAUCUUGAGUGAAUGGCUCGGACUCCAUAAACCCGCACUGUUCAGUUGAUGGAUUUUGCUUUGCUACCUUUUGUACUAUUUUUGUGCUAUUUAAAUCCGUUGAUCCUCAUUUAUCAUACACACAUUGUUUGUUAUUGGCCAUGCACCAAUAUAAAUGUAAUGUGUCUAGCCUUUUUGCAUAAACAGUUUAUGGUCA